AUGUCAACACAUAGUGCACUGUAUCGGUUUUUGAAUAACCUGACAACAAAAGGUGGUGAAACAGAUGAUCUCAUAACUCAAGAAAUCGAAGCAUCUAUUAAACAGUGUUUGGAAACAACAACAUUUUCUAAUAUAUCAACACAUUCAUCCACUAAUGUUGCCGAUUGUGUGGAAUCGAUUCUUAACUAUUUAAAGAGCAUAUUAUCAUCGCUGAUUUCUCAAAAAGUAGAUGACUCAACUAGAUCCAUAACAGAUAGUUUUUUGUCACCAACAAAACAUCCCACAAGAAUAGCGAUUGAGAACAGCUCAUUAAAUGCUUUUGAACAAAAUAUCACAGAUAUUAUUCAAAAUUUGCUAUCAGCAGACAAGAAUAGUAAUAAUAAUAAUAAUAAUAGUCAUGAUGCUUUCAGUCCAACUAUCAAUAAUAAUGAUGAAAUAACAAAUCUCAAUAAAAUAUUUCGAGAAAGUAAUCCACAUAAAGAACAUCGGGAUACAUCUAUAACGCUUUCAUUGCAUAAUUCUCUGUAUCCAGAGACAGCACAAAUGAAGAUGAUCGAAAAUCAUUUAAUGGAUUUAGUCAAAUCUCUUCGAGAUGAACUGAGAAAACUUCAAUCACUUCAAACAAAUGCUAAUCUAAAUAUAUAUACAAAUCAGUCGACUGAAACAGACACAACAAAUAACAUACAUGACUUAAAAUAUGAAAAUAGUAUGCCACCAGUUUUAUAUAAAAUUUCAAUGAUUGAUUCUACAACAACAACAACAACAACAAUUACUACUACUAUUACUACAGUUGCUUCUAUUCUAAAACAAGAAUACUCAAAGCAUAUUAAUCAACUGUACGAAAUAAUGAUAGAUAAUGAACCGAGUACAAGAGCCGAUAAAGAUACUCUAUGGUCUGCUCGGUUAACCAGUCCUGAUACUAAACAAAAUGAUGCAUCAUUUUUUACUGCUAUGAAUUCAAAAAUGACUGAAGUUUCAACGACGACUCGUAGCAAUACACCUUAUUAUGACAUGAUAAACAGUCGGCGAAUAAUCAGUACUAAUAAUACAAUAGCACAACUCGUAAAGUUUAUUACUGAAGAUCCAUCAAUAUUAUGUAAAUCGAUAUCAAGACAACAUUUGUUCAAUACAAGUAGCAAUUUUAAUGAUUUUUUGAAGAAUAAUGAACAGACAGUAAAUCGGCAGCAAUCAUUUGAACUUUCUAGUCUAAUUAAUUAUUUACAAAAUAUAACAAAAUAUUUUCAACAACGAGAGUGUAAAAAUAAUGAGAAAAGUAUGUCUAGUGAACUCGUGACAAUCACAACAAUAAAACAAACUAAAUCCACUACAAUAUCUCCAUUCAUAACAACAACAGAAGGACAUUCGGUAUCGUCAAUAAAUUUCGAUAAUAUGUAUAGUAUUCGACAAAAUCUCGUUCAAUUAAAGACAUUAUUAGAUAAAUAUACUGAUGUAUGGAAAACCUCGUCCGACAACUCUCGAAUGAUAACCGACACAACCAUAACAACAACGUUAAAUACUAUUAGUCUUCCUAUAAACAAUAUAUUAAAUUUAUUGAUUAAAUCGCAAGAAUCCACAGCAACUACAACUACUACUACAGAACAAACUGAAAAUACUGUUAUAGCGGCUAAACGUUUUAUUGAUACAUUAAUUAAUCCGAAACAAUAUGAUGCGUAUAAUAGAAAUUUAGAUGUAAUUAAUGAUAAUACUAAUAACAACAUAUUUUCCGCUCAACAAUUCAUACGAAAAUCAAUUGAUGAUGACGACAAAAUUGGUGAUAAACGUGAACAUUUUAAACGAAAUUUGUAUAAUAAUGAUAAAAAACUUUUGUUAACAAGACUUUUAAAUUUGAAUCAACACAAAAAUAGAUGA